AUGUUUUGCACAGCAUCCGUGGCGUGCUGGGUGGUUUAUGUGGUCUUCUUUGGAUUGGUAAGAUGGAUCCUGCUUGGACUGCUCUUCAUUCCGUGGUUCUUGGUGGCAGUCGGCUGGCAGUUGUGCAAUGCACUUGUCACAGGCGUUCUUGCACCGGUGGCUUUGGUGACGUGGCUGGCAACAGCAGUGUCCUCUCUGUUCGGACCUGACGAGUGUUUCCAUUGCUGGUAUACCCCAGAGGAGUGGAUGGCUCACGCAGGCUCUUGUCUCAAAAGCUUCAUGGAACAGGCAUACAGAGAGUUGUCUCACUAUGAAAGCUUUUAUCAAUUCCAAGACCAGGUGACGUCUUCUACACAGCAAUGGCUGAUUGCUCUGUCGGAUGGUGGAUUGUUAGCCGUCGCUUCCAUCUAUGUGAUUGUUUACUCCUACGUGCAGGUCAACUUGCAUGAAGACUGUGCACGGGACCUGCGGAAAGCAUAUAGGGCGAUCCUGGAGUUGCCAUUGAGGCCUCUGACACAGGUUUCCGAAGCCGUCACGGAAAGGAUUGAAAGAGAAGCGAGCAAUUUGUGGGUGGACUUCCUCAGCAGCUCACGCUUGAUGAUUGCUUGGGCAGAAGACUGGCCUCAGGGAUUUAUUGGCCUCGUGUUGGUGCUCAGAUAUAUGCUUCCAGAUGAAGGGGUCAAAGGCAUUGGCUUUGCAGGCAUAUCAGCACCGAUCAGCCUGUCGAAGGGACUUCUGAUCCCGACGUUCCAAAAGCCAUGUUUGAGCGGCGUCGCCAAGAAGUACAACAAAGCUUGGAGCAUCUGGUAG